AAGUCUCCCUAUACCAUGGCUGCCGCUAAUAUUCCUACUACGGCGCCAGAGCCAGACAAGGAAGGAGAGGGCGACGAAGAAGAAAUCGCCGAGGAAAAAGCCAAGUCAAGACCACCGCCCGGGUCGCCUGUUCGCGCCACGUGGGGCAGUCAGUUGGAACUGUUCCUCGCAUGUCUGGGCCUGUCGGUGGGGCUGGGAAACUUCUGGCGGCUACCUUCCCUCAUCAGCGCCAACGGCGGAGUCGCCUUCCUGGUGAUGUACUUGCUGCUCUCCAUCACGGUGGCCAAGCCCAUCUUCUGCAUGGAGCUCUUCCUGGGACAGUUUUCCAGCCAGGGCUCAGUCGGCGUCUGGCGAUGCGCACCCAUCGGCAAGGGUUCCCUGCAGGGACACGAACCGGUGGUUCGCCGAACACUACGCUCGCGCCAACCUGAGCCGAGGGCGCACGGUGUCGUACGAAGGCCUCGUGUUCCGCGUGCCCGAACGUGUCUUCGACAACAUCUCGGACAACCGCCAGCACGGAACGAGCACCGCUGCCGAGCAGUUCUACUUGUUGUCAUGCCUUGGACAGCCGAGAGCCCUCCAUCAAAGGAUGAAGAUGACUUCUGGAUUGAAGAAGAAUACGUUCCUACGCCUCCACAGCCAACCUAUGACUCCAGACACUACAUCGGCGGAAAGACGUUCUCUUGUGGUGGCGACAACCGUGACAGAAAAUCUGUCUGGGGCCAGAGCCGAACUAACCUGGAAGGACGCAGUCAGCGGUCAAGUGGUGUGCACAAUUGGAGGCAAGGUCCUGAUGGGAGCGCAGAUACUGAGCUGAUGGUUGUGCCUGCAAAAGAGGUUGGCAGGAUCAUUGGCAAGGGUGGCUCUAAGAUCCGUGAGCUUCAGGAUGCCAGUGGUGCACGAAUCAAAGUUUUGCGAGAUGAUGAAGAGGAGGCCUACAGUAGUUCUCAUGAAGCCAAGAUUGAGCUUGCAGGCACUCUCGAAGUACGUCGAAAGGCACAGCAACUCAUCGAGGAGCUCAUCUAUCCGCCAGGAACGGGAACACGCUUCAGCAAGAGGGAAGAUGAGCCAAACAAAGAAGAGCCGCUGCCUUUCAUUGACUGGGCCAAGUUGAUAGCUGAAAGUGAUGAACAGCGUGAAAAGCGUUGGGCCUCUCUUCCACCAAUUCUUAAGAACUUCUACAUUGAAGAUCCUGAAGUUGCGUGUAUGUCUGCAGAGGAUGUUGAAGCCUUCAGGUUGGCCAACAACAACAUAGUUGUCAAAUACUUGGGCCCUGAAGAGCAGGCACCUGUUAACAUCGCAAGCAACCCCGUUACAACAUUCGAACAGGCAUUUUCCAACUAUCCGGAAAUCUUGAAUGAAAUUUACAAGAACCAGUUUGUGAAGCCAUCGCCAAUUCAGAGUCAAGCCUGGCCCAUCCUGCUCCAAGGUCAAGACCUUAUUGGUAUUGCACAGACAGGCACAGGCAAGACUCUGGCAUUUCUCUUGCCAGCCAUGAUCCACAUUGACAGCCAGCCUGUCCCAAGAGAGGAGAGGACAGGCCCGUCAUGUCUGGUUCUUGCUCCAACACGUGAGCUGGCUCAGCAGAUUGAGCGUGAAGCCAAGAAAUACAACUAUCGAGGCAUUAAGUGUGUGUGCAUCUAUGGGGGUGGUAACCGGCGAGAGCAGAUCCAGACAGUCAACCUUGGUGUGGAGAUAGUCAUUGCAACCCCUGGCCGCCUCAAUGAUCUUGUCAUGAACAACAUCAUCGACCUCAAAUACGUCACAUUUUUGAUCUUGGAUGAAGCAGACCGCAUGCUGGACAUGGGCUUUGAGCCACAGAUCAAGAAGGUGCUGCUAGACAUUCGGCCGGACCGACAGACGGUCAUGACCAGUGCCACCUGGCCAGAGGGGGUGCGCCGCCUUGGGCAGCAGUACAUGAAUGACCCUUUCCAGGUGUUUGUUGGCUCCCUCGAUCUGGCUGCUGUGCACACAGUGACCCAGACUAUCAUACUCUGUGAUGAAAAUGAAAAACGGCGAGAGCUUCUUGCUUUUCUAGAGUCCAUGCAGCCCGAUGACAAAGUGAUUGUAUUUUUAGACAAAAAAGUCAUGGUGGACCUCCUGUCAAGUGAUUUUGUUUUGUCCGGCAUCAACUGCCAAUCCAUUCACGGUGACAGGGAGCAGUGUGACCGGGAGCAAGCACUUGAAGACCUUCGAAGUGGGACAGUGCGAAUUCUCAUUGCCACCGAUGUUGCAGCCCGAGGUUUGGACAUCAAGGAUGUAACGCACAUCUUCAAUUAUGAUUUCCCUAGAAAUAUAGAAGAGUACGUCCAUCGAGUGGGCCGCACAGGUCGAGCCGGGCGUCGCGGUGAGUCAAUCACAUUAGUAACCCGUGAGAAUUGGAGACAAGCUCGUGAGCUGAUCAGUAUCCUGGAAGAGGCUAACCAAGAUGUUCCUCAAGCUCUGUACACAAUGGCUGACCGUUUUGAUGCCUGGAAAAAGCGACGCGACGAGGAGAACCGUGCUUUUGGAAUGGACAGAGGUGGCAGACGAGGUCGGUAUAAUCGCUCUCGGUGGUAGGAGGACAUUCGGGGUCAACUCGUCAACUGCUUACAAAUACUUGGUGUGUUCAACAUCAUCCACAGCUUUUUUUUGGACUCUGUACUAACAGUUUGUUGAAGACUGCAUUACAACUUGCAUUGUCUACAUUCCUUAAUUAUGUUGCCUCUGGGUGCAUUAAAGACAUUGGAACAUCAA